AAAACCUGUAUGACGGGAAAAAAUGCUAGCCUGAACAGUAGCGUUCAGAGCCUUCUGGUUUGGAAGACGAAGAACAGGUGGAAACCAGGGUGCAUUCGCUAUGAAGUCCCUUUUUGUACAGGGAGUUGUAUUUGCAUAAUCGAAGACGGGAUUUACUUGGGAAAACGCGGAGAAUAUUGACUUAAAGCUAAAUCUGGUCAUUUUAUAUGAACCCUGAUGUAAAAUCCAACUAUGACCAGCUUGAAAUACAAUACAGCGAAGGACACAUUAUUCCCGAGAUGCAAUGAAAGAAAAAAAACGAAUAUAUGAUUAGUCCAUUCGCACGCCUGUUGAGCUGUCACUUCGUUAAAGUUGUGAGAAAUUGCACAGACUUUGUUUGAAAGUUAAUCAAAACAUAAGCCGAUUUCUUCACUGCGUCCAAGUGUUCCGUGAAUUUAAUUGAAAUGUAAGCCGAUUCUGCACUUAGCCAUAGUAUUUAGGUAUUUAGCUGGUGUUAACACUGGUGCAAACGCGUACAAAAAUAAACUACAGUGUAAAAUGAGAAGUAGGAGGAUCCUUUAACCCAACCCACAGAAGUAAUGUAUAACACGGGGUUUAUUUACUCCAGACAUCGUGAGAGCUCGACAUUUAAACGUUGGGCUAUUAUGUAAGUCUGCUAAAACAGUGCAGUGACCGAAGGACGCGACAGCGACAACUGCUCUGUUAACUUCCUCGUUCUUAAAGGUUUUCCGGACUAGGUUUAACUAACAUUUUUUCGGUUGUCAUCGCAAUGACUACGUGCCACGGCGUUGUUAAUCUGCCCGAGGUUAGAAAAGUGGCUAUCUUUGGAGGUACACAUGGAAAUGAAAUGUCAGGCGUGACGCUGGUUAAUUUGUGGAUAAACAACGGAGCGGAGAUCCAGAGGAGCGGACUGACUAUAAAGCCCUUUAUAACUAACCCCCAGGCUGUGGAGAAAUGCACUAGAUAUAUCGACACCGAUUUGAACAGAGCUUUCACUCAAGAUAACCUCAGUGUGCCGAGAAGUGAAGAGCUGCCUUAUGAAGUGAGAAGAGCUCAGGAAAUCAAUCAGAUGUUUGGGCCUAAAGGCAGUCCAGAGGCCUACGAUGUCAUUUUCGAUCUGCACAACACGACCUCCAAUAUGGGCUGCACGCUUAUUCUGGAGAGCUCAAAGGACCACUUUAAUCUUCAAAUGGUGAAUUAUAUCAAGCGCGCCGUUGCGCCCGCCAGCUGUACGGUCCUGCUGACUGAGCACCCCCUCCUUCAGUACUCCACUACACGGUCCGUUGGCAAGCACCCCAUCGGUCUCGAAGUUGGUCCCCAGCCUCAAGGAGUUCUCAGGAGCAACAUCUUUGAAUCCAUGCGAGCAAUCGUGAAACAUGCCUUGGACUUUAUUGAGCUUUUUAACGGAGGUAUGGAGUUCCAGCCAUGCACUGUAGAUGUAUAUAGAGUUUCAGAAAAAAUGGAUUACCCAAGGGACACAAAUGGAAACAUCACAGCCAUGGUGCAUCCUAAUUUACAGGACUGCGACUGGGAGCCGCUGAACCGCGGGGACCCUAUGUUCCAAACGUUUGAUGGGAGAACGAUCGAAUACGAAGGUGGCCACACGGUCUAUCCCGCUUUUAUAAACGAGGCUGCGUACUAUGAGAAGCACCAGGCCUUUACGUUGACCAGAAGAGAAUCGUUAACAGCGAAUGGUAUCAAAGCCUCCGAAAUGUAGAUUCAUAAGCGAGUGCAAUUUCAGAAGGCUCGGUGCUAAAAUAAUCGUUAGACUACUGCACAUUUAAAUGUAAAUUAAUAGAGAUUUAAUAUUUCAUGGAUAUUUUCCCAUAACAUAUAACUAUGCAAUUUUGUAUGCAAUAAAUUACUGAAUUUCAGAAAUCUUGUGGUUACAUUUAAGAGAACCUUUAUUGUAAUUGAAAAUGCCUAGAUUAAUCAGUUGAAUAUUUUCUGCAAACUAAACAACUGUCGAUAACUUGAAUGUCCUGCUGAGAAUUCCUGAGGUACCAGGCUCCACUUUCUUCAAAUUGGCCUAAUAUUCAGGAAUAUUCAAGAAUACUCAGCAGAUCAUAUGGGUGUUGAGUGCAGGAUCCUCACUUCUGUGAUUCAACCAUUACCUCUUGUAGAACUUGUUGACAGUCAGACAGAUGAACAUUUGGCUUAAAGGUACAAUUGGUCAUUUCGGACUUUUAACGGUCGAGAGGAAUUGCAGCAACAGACACCCUCAAACCACAACGCAGUUAUUUUUAUGAGAACAUUUUUCUUGGUGAACAUACAUUUCAGGUUGUUGUACAUUACGCAUUUAUAUUUUCUGUAACAUACAUAAGUAGGGUUCUACAUAUAAUCUGAGCAUUCAUGUUGCAUUUUUAAUCAUGCAUAUCUAUCUAUGUACACAAAUUGUGCAGUGCAAUUGUUUUUAUGUCUAAACUGGUGCUUCGGCUUUCAUUUAAGUCAUUCUGAAAUUAUUUAUUAAAUAGUUAAUAUCCUCUUGUCUGUUAGGUGCUGAUUUUGUUCUUUAAGUUAUUGUUGAUAUUCUUCCUUAUGUAAAACACAUUCCAAUCUCAGUAUAUAUGUCAUUAUUUUAUUCAAUGUGUUGUGGGCAUUUGUUGCAUUGUUUAAAAGCAAAACUAAUUAUUCUCUAAUUUAUGAACAAUAAAUUGAAAAUGUAAUUGCUUUGCUGAUUUUAUCUAAUUUGAUCUAGUAGAUCCAAGUAAUAUCACGGUACUGCUGAGUGCUGUAUUUAUCAAUAUGAAUUUUAAUUUAUUAAAAUAUUUUGUUGUCACUCUACUUGAAUUGCUUAACUUAAUCAUAUUAUAAGCAUGGAAGCACAACCAAUCAGUGUCUUCCAUGUAAACGUGAUCCAGGUGGGCCAGCAUUUUGAUUGGCCUUCGAAGAGUCUACCGUGUCUCCUAAGAGAGCCAACCAGGUUAUAUUGACUGCAUUCAUGUCAUUUGUAUUUUUCUAGUGUUUCUUCUAUGGAGCCCUUCUACAGAACAUCAGUAUCAGGAAGUCUAGUUGGAACUAUUGCACAGCACACCUCUUGACCUUUCAUUUAUAAUGGAAAUAGUUUUUACAGUUUUUUUAUUAGCAGGAUUAGAUUAUAUAUGGCCAUACUCAUAAUUUCUGUUUCACUAAGUGUUAUUGGAGAGGAUUCUUGCUUCCCAUGUGACAUUUUUAAAUACAUCAGUUGUGAGGUACUUGUAAUAUUAUAAUGUCAAUAAACUAAACUGUGAAGCAUUCUGCAAGGA